AUAUUCGGUAAACAGUGGGCAAUAUUUGGGGAUUGUGCUUGAUGCAAUAACUAUAGUUAGCGCGCGAAGCCAGUCGCGACGCGUCGGUUACCGCAGCUUACACAACUCCUGAUAUAAAACUGCUGCACCAUCAUCGAGACGACAAUUUAACAAGGAGAUUGAACCCAACACCCGCAUUAGCUCACGCCGCAUCAUGAGGCCGCUCGUCUCCUGUACACUCGCCUUGAUAUUGAUUCUUGCAGUUGUCGACGCCCGCCGGCUGCCUUCUUCCAAAUCCCGGCGGUUCGACUCGGACAAGGCCUCCUCGGAUAAGGCCUCCUCGGACAAGGCCUCAGCAGAGACCACCGACCAGCAGCCCGCGGCAUCUGGACAUAAAAAGGACCAUCACCACAACCACGAUCAUAAAAAGGGAGGCGGCAAGGAACACCAUGCCGAGCACCACAACGACCACGGCGAGAAAGGCUACAAGGGAUACAAGGGCCAUCAUCACCACGAGGAAGGUAAAAAAGGGCACCACGACAAGGAACACCACAAGGGGGAGUACGACGAUCACGGAGGACACGAUAAAAAGCACCACCACGAGGACGGACACUACGACGAGUACCACAAGGGUGACAAGGGCGAGAAGGGACACAAGUACGCCGAAAAAGGACACUACAACAAGGGCCACUCGACCAAGGGCCAUCACGAAGUACACAAGCUUGACGAGUUCAAGAAGGACAAACACUUCUUCGACGAGGAAGGUGAUUCCGGUCACGAAGAAAAACAUGGCGGUUUCCACGAGGAGCACGGACACAAGAAGGGAGGGCAUUUCAAGAAGGGACAUCAUCACGGAGGGCAUCACGAGCACGAGCAUGGAGAGAAGGGCCACCACGAGAAGGGAGGCCAUCACAAGGAGCACAAGGGCCACAAGGAGGCCGCCGGCCACGACGAACAUUAUCGUCAUCAUCACGAUCACGCGCACAAAGGAGGACACGAACACCACAAGAAAUACGGCUACAAGAAAGGUCACUGAUGACAUUAGGAACAAUAGUUUACUUAUGGUUUGCAAUGUUCCAGGUGCGAUCGCAUUUGUCUUCGUUACGAUACUCGUAAAUUAUUCGCCAAAAAAAAUAUUUAUUUAUUAGUUAAGUACUUUAAAAUGACUAUAGUUAUUUAAGAGUCUAGACAUUAGUUUGUAAUACUAAUACAUAAUUUGAGGCUCGAAUCGUAAAAGUGGGUCGUUAAAAAGCAAUUUUGAUGUCGCCCCUCGAUAAAUAGUUGCGGCUCGUGGCACCACUUA